AUGCUGGAGUACUUGUGGAUGGCGAACAACGAAACUGGACGCAAUGGCAGCGACGAUGUGGCGAUCGAAGAAGUACUGCAGGAUCCAGGAUCGGUGAUUCUCUUCGUCGGCUAUCCACGAUGGCUGUUGUACUUCGCUGCCACCUGUUGUAUUCUCUUCAUGAUAAUCGGCAUCCCGGGAAAUCUCAUCACGGUGAUCGCACUGUUUCGCACCAAAAAGCUGAAGAACGCUACCGCAGUCUUCAUCAUGAACCUCUCAAUAUCAGAUUUGAUGUUCUGCUGCUUCAAUCUGCCGCUUGCAACUUCCACAUUCUGGCACAGUUCGUGGUUAUACGGACCACUUCUCUGUCGGUUGUUUCCGCUCUUGAGAUACGGCCUCGUUGCAGUCAGCCUCUUCAGCGUUCUCGCAAUCACGAUCAAUCGCUACAUCAUGAUCGGCCAUCCCGGUCUUUACCCUUCAUUAUAUAAAACGAAAUAUUUAAUACCGAUGGUUUUGAUGAUAUGGAUCGUCGCUUUCGGUCUGCUGAUUGUCACGUGGUUCGAGCAAUUCGGACGUUUUGGUUUGAAUCCUGCUAUCGGAUCCUGCUCCAUCCUGCCGGAUGUAAACGGACGGAGUCCGAAGGAAUUUCUCUUCUUUCUUGCAUUUUUAAUACCCUGCUUCGCUAUUAUCAUUUGUUACGCCAGGAUAUUUUAUAUUGUUCGCGAAACUGCCUCAAAAAGCAGAGGUAGAGACAAGAUCAAUGUGGAACCUAUGGAAACCAGUCAUGAUCAUCAAUCUAUAUCCAUGAAGAAUCAAGAGCAAGAAUUAUUUGUGUUUGAUCCUAUCUUAUCAAUGCGAUCAAAUUUUCUCACUCCAGACAAGGAAAUGGAGCCAUCGACUCUCAUUAACGAAGAUUCAUCAUGUUCGAAGCAGUCGAUCCACGAUCAACAAAAAACAGAUUGCACACAAAAACAUGUAGACAAUCCAACGACGGUAAUCAGUCUUGAUCCAAACUCUAACAACGACUAUAAUGCUCUUCACGUUAGUGCAUCGGAAGACAUAUCGUUCGUGGACGAUCGCGAAGAAUCAAAUUUCAUGGAGAUGAAACUGUUUCUGAAUAAAAAUCAGAACGAAUUGCAGCGAAAAUCGCCGAGAAACUCUUGCGGGCGAUUGGAGAGAUUGACCAGCCGAGCGUCCUUCAUGGUAGAGUCUUCGCUGCAGCGAUUCGCCGGUGGCGAUCCUUCGGAUCUGCCAGAAAUCCUCGUGGAUUCGAGAUCGCACUCGCCCGUGAAGAAGACGUUUCGCAGGGAAUCAAAGUUCAAAAGCGUUGGCAGGAUGCGCAACGGUGAAUUCGUUUUCGCACCUAGGAUGUCCGCCAAGGAUCGGAAGCUGUUGCAGAUGAUUCUCGUGAUAUUCGCGUCAUUCCUGAUAUGUUACCUGCCGAUCACCAUCACAAAGCUAUUUCAUAGCGCAAUCGCUUGGCGAGGCCUCAACAUUGCCAGUUAUAUACUCAUCUACUUGACGACCUGCAUCAAUCCCGUCAUCUACGUCGUGAUGAGUUCUGAGUACAGAAGCGCGUAUAAAUAUGUGUUGCUGUGUAAGGGUGAGCAGAAGACGAGUAAAAGGAGAUUGCCGAGUUUGCUGAUGCUCAGUUGAACUCGUAAAUGAUUAAUUACAUAUAUAAUAUGCUAAAUAUAAUAGAUAAAUGAUAUAAUAUAAAUAUAAUAGGUAUAUGAUUUAGUCUGUUAUAUUAUCUAUAUUUAUGUGAUCAAUGAUUAAGAAAUCUUAAAUUGUUGGCGCUGAUAUAUAAUUUAUAUCUGUCGUAUUAUCUAUAUGAUCACAAUGAUUGAGGAACUUUAGAUUGUUGGCGCUCAACAUUGUGUUUUAUAAUUAUGAAGUAAUACCAUCUUAGAGGCUAACUAAUCGCUCUUUAGUUAAAAUUAUCAACUUAUUAUUAAAACGAUUAACGUAGAUUUCUAAACAUAAUUCUAAAGAUUUCUAAUUUUAAAGAU